GUUUCGGUUAAAUUUUGUGUAUUUCUUUUCUUAAUGCGAUUUGCAUUUUGCUAUGGGUUAAAUAGUGAAAAAUGUCACUGCAUAUAUUUGAGCAUAUAUUCGAAUGAUAAAUUUUUAAAGUAGAAGUCGAUAGAUUUGACAAAAUACCAAAAAUGGCGAUCUGAAAAAACAAUUAUUUCAUACAACAUCUACGUAUAAUUGGAUCGACUCGUUGAAAAUUGGCAAACGUGCACCUUUCCGUCACUUCUGCAUAAUAUUUCUUUCUAUUCGCUUGACGGAAACGAAUAUCUUUGAAGUAUCGUUUGGAACGUUCAACAUAUAUUUCCUUUUACCUAGUAAAGUAUACAAUAGAACGUUAGGGGACAUAAUUGGACGUGACGGGAUGUAAUGAAACGUGACGAAAACCGACGGAAUUGAGUAGGACUGGACUAGAUCAGACAUUGCAAAACCGAACGAGACGAAACUUUAUGUUACUUUCGACAAUAACCUCGUGUAAGAGAAUUCGGUAUAUGUAAACGUAUACGUUACCACUAAUAACGUUUACACGUUUCUUUUGUACAUAGAGAUAUCCCAGAGAAAGCUGAAAAAUGCAGACAAUUAAAUGCGUUGUAGUUGGGGAUGGUGCAGUAGGUAAAACUUGUCUGUUGAUUUCAUACACCACGAAUAAGUUUCCAUCCGAAUAUGUCCCAACAGUGUUUGAUAAUUAUGCUGUGACUGUUAUGAUUGGCGGUGAACCAUAUACCUUAGGAUUGUUCGACACGGCAGGUCAGGAGGAUUAUGACCGGCUACGUCCCUUAAGUUAUCCUCAAACUGAUGUGUUCCUUGUUUGUUUUUCGGUUGUGUCACCAUCGUCAUUUGAAAACGUUAAAGAGAAGUGGGUUCCAGAAAUCACUCAUCAUUGUCAAAAGACUCCAUUCUUACUGGUGGGUACUCAGAUCGAUUUACGAGACGAUGCGGCGACUAUAGAAAAACUUGCAAAAAAUAAACAAAAGCCCAUAUCUGCGGAACAAGGUGAGAAACUUGCCAAAGAACUCAAAGCAGUAAAGUAUGUGGAAUGCAGUGCUCUUACACAGAAAGGUUUGAAAAACGUGUUCGACGAAGCUAUUCUAGCAGCGUUAGAGCCUCCGGAACCAGUUAGAAGAAGACGAUGUAUCGUUUUGUAGAGAGCAACUAACAUCGUUUUUAAAACCUAUUAGCACUGUUCGGACGAUGACUGCUGUAUGAGUUUGUCAUACAGUGCAUACGAGAAUACUUUCGACUAAUGAUAGUUCGUCUGAUUAUCUGUGCGAUCUAUCUUUCGUUUUCAAAUCAUUCGACGUGCGCUCGAUUCGAAGAAAAAAUUCGAUCCAGAAAAGGUGAAGACAAGCAUUUUAUGUAUAAGAAAUAUCCACACAUAUACAUGUAUAUUAUGUGCGUACAUGUGCACGCGUGUGAGUAUAUAUAUAUAUAUAUAUAUAUAUACACAUAUGUAAAUAUAUAUAUAUAUAUAUAUAUAUAUAUACACACAUCCACACACACACACACAUAUAUAUAUAUGCAUUCAUGCAUACAUAUACACUGAACGCGCGUGCACAGAUAUACACAUACAGAGGCAGACACACCCAUACCAAUAUUUAUCCUUUCGUCGACUGGUUCAUCGAAAAAAGAUAAUCUACGGUUGGUUUUUGCUUCAACCAAUUCGAAGCAGCGAGCGAACAUCGAUGCUUCUUGGCAAUCGCGUGGAAGGAACAAUGUAAUUAUUGACAACUGUGAACAUCUACAUGAAUUUCGUAUAAAAAAUACUUGUAAAACAUUCUUCUAUUUAAUAUGUAAGACGUUUUUAUUGAUAACUUAGUAGUGUGAAUUUUUUAAUAAAUCAGUUUAAAAAAAGAUUAUGAUUGAAACAUA